AUGGCUGCUACUGCUGAGGCAGUUGGGAACCCGAAUUCAACAUAUACCAGGGUUCAUCGGUACGAAGCAUCUUUGCCUGUGAAAAUCGUUUUAGUGCUUGCUGUGAUUGGAUUCUUGUCAAUUUUCCCGCUGAUUCUCUCUGUUCUUGGACCGAUUCUCUCGUGCAUGGCGUUUGCUCUUCAACUGUUCCUGUUGAAACUUGAGCCAAGGGAGAGACGUCGACAUGGCCUGCAACGGCCAUUUUCCGCCAUGCAAUGGAUCUGCAUUUUGUACACGUGCGCAGCCAUCUUGGUCUUUUAUGGGAUUAUUUGCGUGAAUUUCGGGGGAUUGCUGGGAACCGUUUUCGCUGUGGUGGGAGGAGUUCUGUUCGCUGUCGUUGCUUCGGCUUAUUUUUCUGCGAGCUUGAUUGACCCCGCUCAUGAGGCUCUCAGGAAACGAAUUCCUCCGUCUCAGGAGGCAUCUGGACCGAAUACCGUCUUCUGUAGAACAUGCAAGAUUUACAUGACAGUUGAGGAUAAAGUGAAGCAUUGCAGAAGUUGUGGACGAUGCGUGCCAAUGUUCGAUCAUCAUUGUCCAGCGUUGAAUAAUUGCGUUGGGAAACGGAAUUUCAAAAUAACUAUCGUCCUUUUCAACGCUGGGCUACUGUUGGCAGUUUUUCUGGAUGCAUUAGUUGGACUGUUGGUGUUUGGCUACUUGGUGAAGCCUGAGUUACUUGUUCGUGAACCAGGGAAAGGUGGUCUAUUGAUGUUUGGUUUUCCAGUGAAAGCCAUUGUGGUGUUUCCACUGCUUGGAGUUUUCGCUCUGGUGAAUACAGCUGUGGUUAUUAGCUUGAUUGCACUUGUCGCCUAUCAUUGGUACAACAUAUUCGCCGAGAUGACCACGUAUGAUCAAAUUUUGCAAGAGCGACAAGGUAACUCGAAGCGUUAUUCGGUAUGCUUAUCAAAGAACCUUUUCACGUGUCUCGGAAGUAACAACAAACGACGUCGAGACGAAGUUCCGCCCAAUUCUCAGGUGUCUCCGAAUCCGAGGCUUUCUAAUCUCACCAUAAGCUCUGAAUGGACUGAAGGCAAUCGGUCCAGCAGGACAACGAAUUACGACGAGCUCGGAGUGAGGAGAAGCAUGACUUUCGAUGAACAAUGGGACCGUGUUCGACAGAAUUCCAAGGAUGUGAACCCUAUGUCUGUCAAAUUUUCUCCUAGUGCGACUCGAACUCCUCGUUGGAAGUCGAAUCGACAUUUAGACAUGGGGAAUCCAAGAGCCAAACGUCACAUUGAUGGGUUUCAACGCUGUCAACAUUUUCAAUGUCCAGAAGUCGACAUGGUUUCAAGAUCGUCGGAAGUCUUCGUGGAUAUUUCAAAGUCUUCGUCGAAAAUUGAUGAUGAAGUGUAUGUCGACACGGGAGAAUCGAGUUACGAAUCCCCCUCCAGGCUGCAGAGCUCAUUUGAAUUUACUUUGAAUAACUCCUUUGUUCAGAUGGGCAAGAAAUAUGAUCGAACCAACUGAUAUUCGUCGUAUGAUCUGAACAGUUUUUAUUUUCCUGCGACAUGCCGACUUUUCUCGAGACUUUCUCAACAGGGCAGAUUGAGAAAACAUGCAAACGGAUUUCCGAAAAGAAAUAUUUUUUGUAUUACUGUACCUUUUCAAUGAUAUCUGCUUUCAUGGUUCUGGAAGUUACAUUUUUACGACCACUUACGAACAUUUUUAAAGAUGUUCCUUCAAAAAAUUGUUUUAUUCUGCUGGGAGUUGAAGAUGUUCAGAUUUCGUUUUGAUUUCCAAUAUUUUGCUGUAUAAUAAUUGAACAGUGUGUUCAUCAUUUCUAGAAAAUUGGAAGCCUUUUUUCACACGAAUUGCUGAGUUGUCUCAUUUUCCUUUUCUUGUGGAAGCUCGUCAUGGAAACGAAAUAUUUUUUAGCUGGAUUAUUUCUACCCACGUUUGGAUUUUAUUCUUUAUAGAACGGUUUUUUUUUUAUAAAAUUCAGAAAAGGUAUCGAGAACAUGAAUGAGAACAGUGUAUUUUUUUAGGCGUGGAUUAUUAGAAGGCUGUGAUGUUCACAUCCGAACGGAAUCAGAGUGUUGAUUAGAUCUCUAGUCUAAAUUUACGAGCUCAUUUUUUUUUCGUGGGCCACCUUGUGAAUGCCGGGCAAUAAAAAUUCUCGAACUUAAA